AUGACCGGAGUGAAAUCAAUCUACGGCCUUUCGGACGCGGACCUCAACAGAAUAGCGUCCUACAUUGAAGAAUGUACCAAGAACCUCGCUUCUAUCGAGCAACAGCUGGCUAUGGAGCUAGAAAUCGAGCGACCGUGGCCGAACCACAUCCGCGCAGACCUGCGGUUAAGAAAGACCAUGGAGAUCAGAAGGAUAAGGAUCUGUCGGCAAAUUGGGGCGCCUAUCCGACAAUUUCUCCUUGAGAUCCUUGGGGAGAUAUUUACGCUCUGUCUGCCCCCCAUAAUGACGAAGCACAAGACACGAUCCCUCCGCAGGAGUGAAGCACCGCUGUUAUUGUGCCGUGUCUACUCCACCUGGAGAAAUGCAGCGAUUAAUACCCCUCAUUUGUGGAAACAGCUUGAAUUCCGGAUCCCGGAUCCCUUGGGGCUGUCCAUUUCUGUGGAUUUGGUUGAAAAGAUGAAAUUAUGGGUUGGGAGGGCAAGAGACCUUCCUGUCUUGCUGCGACUGGUGUUGCGAAAGCGAUACAUCCCAGCAGCCGAGGCCUACUUCAGCUUGGAGGAAACGCUUUCACAGGAACCCUUGUCGUCGGUGUGUAACGUCGACAUAUCGAUACCCACGUCCUCCGAUUUAUAUCCCUCGUUCAAACGAGCAGACGGAUUCAAGCGCCUUGAGUCGCUUGUCGUGCGCUCUCAUGACAACCUCGACUCCACGGCCGACCAAAGUCCCCUAAUGCUCUUGCCCGGAGCCUCCAUGCUCCGCCGAGCUGUGUUGAUCAACGUCCUUUCUCAACGAGUUUCCCCCAUUCUCUUCCCUUGGGGACAGCUCACACAUUUAUACGCUGGAGACUCUCUGUCCGUCAAACAAUGGUAUUGCGUGAUGAGCUACUGUGUCAAUCUGAGGGUCGCCACUUUUGGCAUUGUCGGCUGGGCUGACUACAAUUUUCGUCCUACUGGAGCACCGGUCCUACUUUCUCGUCUCAGCGUCUUAAAUAUCAUGCAUGACCCGACUAGAACUUUUGGCGAAUCUGAAUUCCCAUUCAGCGGUCUUGCCCUCCCAGCCCUAAGGACUCUCCGAAUUCUGUCGCGUGACUUCUGCACUUGGGAAGGUCUCAGUGAUUACUCCCAGUUGCACUUCCUUCGGGAGCUCGCGCUUGUUGGGUCAUUCACCAUUUUGCCAACUCAUUUACAAGACCUUUGCAGAUUAUUCGGAGCUACACCGCUCUUGUCAUCAUUACAGUUAUCGAUACAAACACCCUAUGAUGUCCUCUUUGCCCAUCUUUUACCCACUGCUAAUCCAACACUCCUUCCGAACCUCGAAAAUCUUGAAAUUCAUUGCAAGUUCUGGAGCUAUGUAGCGCCCGAAGAAUUUCCACCCGUGUUUAUAGAUCUGAUUAAGGCGCGUUGGGGGAUUCCUUUGCAACCACAGGCAGCAUACAGCUCUAAAAAAACUGUCCGUUUACUGCAAGCCAUCUUGUAUUCCAACGGAAUGGACGAAACUUACCUGGAUAUUAUCCGAAAAUCGUUAAAGCCUUGUGUUGACGAGGGACUUGACCUUCACUUGGGCGCUGAUGAAGAAGGAGAAGAUUCCAUACAUGUUAUGCCUUUUACCAACGAUAUUCGGCACUGGCAUGAGGAUUUGCUCGACGGAGGUGCCAUUCGCUUCGGAAGAUGUCAAACAUGUUUUGAUUGA